AACUUCCUCUGUGCACAACGUGUCAUUCUUUUUUGCAAUGGGUUUUUUUGCCAAGGAGGAAAAAACUCUGACCGAAUAUGUCUCCGAUUUCGCCCUUUUUCUAAUUUUGACCGGAUUUUCGCUAUAUUCGCAAAUUCUGACGGUCGUUUACACCAUAUUUUUUACCUACACGAAAAAAAUGGUGGACGAGAAGUUGGCCGAGCUGGGGAUCAUUGUGGACGGCCCGAGCCCCACGGACAUUCAGGUCAUAAAUGGAAGACGGUUUUACACCCGGGUCGCCAUCGAGCGGAGCUACGGCUUGAUGGAGGGUCGAUUAGAUGGAGAUUGGGAUAUCGAGGACUUUCGGGGCUUUGUGAGUAUCAUUUUUUCGAGUCGGAGACAUGCCGAGUUUGCACAUCCGUUGGCCUGGAUUUUCAAGGCGUUUAACCUUCAAACGAAAGCGAGAGCGUUUGAGGUGGGAAAAUCGCAUUAUGAUGAUGCCAACCCCAUCAUCACCGCCAUGAUCGAUUCUAACCUCCAAUACACGUGCGGCUAUUGGAAAACCGCUACAAAUCUGGAGGACGCCCAAAUCGCGAAAAUGGACCUGAUCGCCAAGAAACUCAACCUUUCUCCAGGAAUGUCCGUGCUCGACAUGGGCUGCGGCUAUGGCACUUUGGGAAUCUACCUCGCUAAAAACUACGGCGUUUCCAUCGUCGGCUGCUCCGUUUCGCGGGAACAGAUCAAAUACGCGCAAAAUUUAGCGAAAAAGGAAAACCUAUCAAAUUGCACCUUUCUGCUCACCGAUUAUCGCAACAUGACCGGUUCCUUCGACCGAAUCGUUUCCAUCGGACUGUUUGAACAUAUCGGAGUCAAAAAUUAUGCAGAUUUCUUCACCUUGUGUCAAUCUCUGUUAAAAAAUGAUGGCAUUUUUCUACUCCAUACGAUUGGAAACUUGCUAAAUUCCCUAAACCCGAAAGAUUUCUGGUUGCAUAAGUACAUCUUCCGGAAUUCGUAUUGUCCCCAUUAUCUCGAACUUUGUGGGGCCAUCGAGGACAAGUGGGUGAUCGAGGACUGGCAAAAUUUGGGGUUUGACUAUUCCAAAACGAUUGACGCGUGGGAAGCAAAAUUCGACCAGAGUUGGGGGCAGUUUGAGAAGAGGUAUGGAAAAAGGUUUCACACCAUGUGGAAAUUGUAUUUGCAGUCGAGCAGUGCACUGUUUGAGACGAGAAGUUUGCAUUUGUGGCAGUUGGUUUUGAGCAAGGAUGGGAUUAAGGGUGGGUAUCAUGCUGCCCGGUAGGGGGAGGGGAAAAGUUGUCAUUUAGGAUGUGUUCAAUUUUAGGUAAAAAUGAGUAGCAUAUUUUUUAGAGUGGUUUCCAAGUGGUGGUUUAGGUUUUGAGUUUGAAGGAACGUACAUAAAUGAUCGAAUUGAAUGUUUAGCUGGUCUGGAUCAUUUACUUUACCUGUUUUCAUAUGCUCACUAAAAAAUACAACAUUGAUUUAUGUAAAUAUGUUAAUAUUUAUUUAUGUAUGUACAUUUAUCUUGUUAAUAAAUGAAAAUCUUGAGUAGGAUUCUUGCGUGAAAAUCAAA